CCUGACUCGACCGAACCAGUUCCUUUGGCCCAUGCAGAAUCUGCUUUGAUGCUCUAAAACAAAAACCAGUGCCCUGUUAUUGCCGCCAAAAGAACUAGGGUUGCAUCCGCCAUGGCUCGCUUGACCAAAGAACAUGUCUUGAAAGACGAGAACACACAUGAUCCCGCCACCAUCACUUCCCUCUCUCUUUCCCACAAAGCUCUCUCCGAUGUUUCUUGCUUGGCUGAAUUCGAAAACUUGGAAAGACUCGACCUUGCUUUUAACAAUCUCACUUCGCUCCAGGGAUUGAAGUCUUGUGUUAACUUGAAAUGGUUAUCGGUCGUUCAAAACAAAUUACAAACAUUGGAAGGAAUCGAAGGACUCACUAAACUCACUGUGUUGAAUGCUGGCAAAAAUAAGCUUAGAUCAAUGGAAGAGGUUAAGCCUCUUGUUAAUUUACGCGCAUUAAUUCUGAAUGAUAACGAGAUUGUUUCCAUACGUGGACUCGAUGAUAUGAAAGAUUUGAACACUCUUGUACUUUCUAGGAAUCCCAUCACCGAAAUUGGCAAUUCUCUUGUCAAGCUGAAAUCUAUCACAAAGUUCUCUGCCUCUAAUUGCCAAAUUCAAGCUAUCGAGUCGUCACUCAAGUGCUGCGUUGAAUUAAAAGAGCUUCGACUCUCUCACAAUGAUAUCAAGAGUCUCCCGUCGGAGCUGUCUUGUAAUAAAAAGCUUCAAAAUCUGGACUUGGGAAAUAACUUAAUCUCUCAAUGGUCGGAAUUGAAGGCACUGGAUUCAUUAGUCCAUCUGAAGAAUCUCAACCUACAAGGAAAUCCCAUAGCCGAAAAAGAUAAAUUGGCUAAGAAGGUUAAAAGGUUACUGCCUAACUUACACAUAUUCAAUGCAAGACCAAUUGAUAAAAGCAUAAAAAACAAAGAGGGUGAGAUCGUCAACAUUGCUUCGUAUAGUUCAGAUAUUCACAUGGAGGAGAAAAAAGGUCAGAAAAGAAAAAAGAAUCCCGAAUUUCUAGUGUCGGUUGAGAAACAAGACGUUAAUCAUGAUAAUAAUGCCACUGCUUUUGAUACCGAGAAAGAAUUGAAGAGGAAAAAGAAGAAAGGAAACGACAAGCUGUCGACAGAAGUUCCCAUUGCUGAGGAUGACGUCGUCGUUGAGAAGGAAGAAAAGAAGAAAAAAACGAAGGUCGAACAAAAAGGAAGGAAAACAAAUGAUAAGUUCUCAACUUCAAUGCACGAGGAUGGUACCACGGGUGAAGAGAAACCGAAGAGGAAGAAGAAACUAGAGAAACGGGCUGAACUAGACAUUAUCGACGAUGCAGGUGCCUCGUUCUCAGAGCUGUUCGCAAUUGAUGUUGCUGAUCCGAUACAGGAUGGUAAAAGGAAGAUAGUCGAUAGAGCCAGUCAAGAUACAAAAUCGUCUGAUAGCUUAGUUACCUACCCUGUAAAAAAGAAAAAAAGUAAACAUGCUGUGCUUGCCGAACUUGAGUUGACCUCAGCAAUUGAAGUCGGAAUGGGUGGCGCGUCAACUUGGGGUGACGAGUGAAGCCGGAAUCAAGUUAUUUGAGGUCGCUUUGGGUGAAUUUUGGUUUAACUUUUAUCUUUGCCAUUUAUGUACUAGUUUUUCUUUUACGAAAAUAGAAAAGGUAUUUUCAGCCAGUUCAAAAAUUUCUUCAAAAAUGUAUUAUUAUUAUAGAUGAGGUAUGCUUAUUAGUAGAGUUGUUCAUAGCUGAGUCGAGUCAGGUUCGGGCUAAGUUUAUGGAUGAUAUAAACAUACUUUAUUUGAUAUAAAUUACACUAUAUUUCGUCUAA